UGCAAUUAAAAACGCAGUUAUUUAUCAAAAUUUUGACAACAAUUAGGUACCCAAAAAACACCGAAUUGGGUUGAAAAAAGGGCCCAAAAUCAUUUCUGCCCCAUCCUAUAAAACUGACACGGUCCGUCCCUGCUUUUUCAUAAAUACCUAUUUGAAUAACCGGAGUAAAACCGCGGUAAUCACAUCUGUGACAUUAACACGACACUGCUGAUAAGCAAGAAAAAUCAUAUCAACAGUUUUUUACAAUUAUUUACCUCGAACGCCCUUGACCUUGUCUUUUGUUACCAAGGCCAAGCAAACACUACUUGUUGAGCCCUACCCAUAAAAUGGAAACGAGCAGAGCCAUCGUGGUGAAAAAAUUCGGCAGUUACGACGUCCUUAGCGUGGAACACUUUGCCUUGCCUCCUUUGGAGGGCAAUGUCGAAGUGAAAGUGGAAUAUGGGGGCGUAAACUUUGCCGAUUUGUACACCCGGCAAGGUUUGAUGCACAACAAAAAACUGCCGUUUGUUUUGGGGAUGGAAUGUGUGGGCACAAUUGUGAAAAUCGGGGCCGAAAACACACAACUCAAAGUGGGCCAACAUGUCAUCUGUUAUGAUUAUCACUGUGGGAUGUACCGGGACGUAGUCAGGGUAACCCCCGACAAAUGCUACCCUCUACCCGACCACGUGACUUGGGAGGAGGGUGCUGCGAUUUUCGUCAAUUACUUAACCGCCUACUUUUCCAUUAUCGAGCUCGGGAAUUUGCGGCAAAAUGAGACAGUUUUGAUACUCUCAUGCGGGGGGGGUGUGGGGUGGGCGGGCACCCAGCUGGCCAAAACCGUCCCCGGGGUCACAGUGGUGGGCACCACAGCCCCCUUCAAGCACCCCGAAGUCAAAGCCAACGGCGUCGAUAUCACCCUAACUUUGGACGAGAAUUUCCAAAAGGAAAUAACAAAAGAGUGUCCCCAAGGCUUUGAUUUAAUUCUGUCUAAUUACGCCGGCCCGCUUUAUGGCUUCUUGAAAACCCUUUUGAAGCCUUUAGGACGCAUUGUUUUAAUUGGGGCGAAUAAUUUGAUUCAGAAUGAGCAAAAAUUGUCGAUUUUUACGCUGUUGAAGGGGUGGUUGACUACGAAAAACGUUGAUUUGGAGGAGUUAAUUACGCGAAAUAGGGUCGCUGCGGGGCUUCAUUUGGGGACGCUGAUUGAGAAGGACCCAGGAAGGGUAAGAGACGCCUUGGGGGUGAUUUUCAAAAUGAUGGAAGAGAAGAAACUAAAAGUGAAGAUUGAUUCGGUGCAUCCCAUGGAGAAGAUUGUUGAUGCCACGAAGUUGCUGGCCGAGAGGAAAAACGUCGGGAAAGUUUUAAUUUCCAUGAAGCAGGACGGCUAAUUAAUUUUUUGUCAAGUGCCAUUCAUAAAUUAUUGUAACUGUACUGAUAUUAAUUAAUAAAGUUUGACAUACA